AUGAGAAAGGAGGCAAGUGAAUGUCCCUAUGAGUUGUGGCAACAUGAUAUGUUCCCAAUUGUUCUCCCUCAUUUGAAUAAAUGGAAGAAGUCAUAUGGGAACAAUUUCCUGAUUUGGAUUGGUAGGCAGCCUCAAAUAUUCAUUACUGAGCCUGAAUUGGUCAAGGAAGUCCUUAGCAAUAAGGAUGUGGCCCACCAAAAACCAAGACCUGCAAGCCCAGUAAGAAAACUCUUUGGAGAUGGGCUUAUCUUGGCUGAAGGUGAAAAAUGGACCAGGUUGAGAAAACUAUCCAACUAUGCUUUUCAUGGAGACAGCUUAAAGGACAUGGUUCCGGCAAUGGUAGCGAGUGUGGAGUCUAUGCUCGGAAAAUGGGCGAACGAUGAAGACAACACAAUUGAUAUAAGCAACGAGUUCAGGCUAUUAACCUCAGAUGUGAUCUCGAGGACAGCUUUCGGAAGCAGCUACGUUGAAGGGAAAACUAUAUUCGAGAAGUUGGGGGAACUGAGUGUAUUGGUCUACAAAACUGCUUUCAAGACUAGAAUACCGGGGAUCGAGAAAAUAUGGAGGUCGAGAGAAGAGAUUGAAUCGGACAAAAUCGAGCAAUCACUACGCAGUUCGAUCCUUUCACUAGUUAGGAAAAGGGAAGACAGUGUGAGGACAGGGCAAGCUGAGAAUUUUGGCAGCGAUUUUCUUGGAUCGCUUGUAAGAGUUCACAAUGACCAUGAUCCAGAAAGCAGAUUCUCGGUCGAUGAUAUAGUCGACGAGUGCAAGGUAUUCUAUGUAGCCGGUCACGAAACGACAACCAGCUUGUUGUGUUGGGUUACCUUUCUGUUAUCAGUUUACACGGACUGGCAAGAAAAGGCGAGGGAAGAGGUGUUUCAAGUUUUUGCCCGGGAAAAACCGACAUCGGAUGGCAUUGCCCGAUUGAAAACUUUAACCAUGAUAAUCAAUGAAGCAUCACGCCUCUAUAGUCCAGUGGUCCAUUUAGCAAGAACGGUCCGAACCAAAACCAAAUUGGGAAGAUAUGAGCUACCCCCAAAUGUGGAUGUGGUUGUCACACCACUCUCACUUCACACCAAUCCCGAGUUAUGGGGAGAAGACGCUGCGGAAUUCAACCCGGAAAGAUUUGCCGAUGGAUUGUCUAAAGCAACAAACGGGAAUUCAUUUGCUUUUAUCCCGUUUGGGGCCGGGCCUCGUGUUUGCGUUGGCUCGAAUUUUGCUGUUAAUGAAACUAAGAUCGCGCUCUCAAUGAUUUUGCAGCGCUAUAAGUUAAAAGUGUCCAAGGAUUACGUGCAUUCGCCUUUUCAGUUUCUUACAGUUAGCCCUCGGUAUGGAAUCCCAAUCGUUUUGCAACCGCUGUAA